CUUUAUUCUCUUAUAAUCGAUUACCGGCCCCCAUGAGCACUGCCUGUGACCCUUCAUACCAUCAUCUCUCCUUGAACAUGCCCUUCAACGAUAUUGAAAUCCCUCCGAGGAAACUCCAGCUAUGUUCCAACACCGCCGUGAACAAACUUCAUGAACAAGACGACUGCGGUGGGGCUGAUGAUCCCUACGGCGGUGACCAUUUCCGCAUGUACGAGUUCAAGGUGAGGAAGUGUACUAGGAACCGGAGCCACGAUUGGACCGAUUGUCCCUUCCUUCAUCCUAGAGAGAAGGCACGCCGUCGAGACCCGAGACGGUUCGGGUACGCCUCCACCAUCUGCUCCGACUUUCGAAGCGGCGGCGGAUGCCCUCGCGGGGACGACUGCGAGUUUGCUCACGGGGUGUUUGAAUGCUGGCUCCACCCUACACGAUACAGAACCGAAGCUUGCAAAGAUGGAAAGAAAUGUAAGCGUAAGGUCUGCUUUUUCGCUCACUCUUCACGUGAGCUCCGUCUCUUGCCGGAGCCGCCAUUGCCGAAGUACAAAAAUCCAGACAACAACAACAACAGCCAUUGUUGCUUGUUUUGUCACCCUGUUACCUCGUCCCCCACGAGUACUUUAAUGGGCCUGCCUCAGUUUUCAAGAUCGCAGUCUCUUUCGCCGCCUCUGUCGCCGUUAAACCAGCAGACAUCCGGAUUUUCACGGGUCUCGAGGUACAAUGAUCGUUUAAGUAAGCUUGGGACAGAAAUGACGAGCAGUUACGAUGAUAUUUAUUUCAACGAGCUGAUGAGUUCGUUGGAAACCAUGAAUCUCUAUGAUGUUACUUCGCCAAUGGCUGCUGCCCGAAAUGCAGACAUUAAUAAUCCCUGGCUUGAUGUUUCGUCCGGCGGGGAAGAUGAUUGGCAGCAAAACGGCGCCGUUUGUGACCCUGAUCCUGAUCUUGGCUGGGUUAAUGAGCUGCUCAUGUAGAGAAUUGAAGGAUGAUCAACGAUGAUAUGAUGAUGAUGAUGAUGAUGAAGACAAC